UUGGACAAGAUUUCAAAGAGAAUGGCGAUUUUCGCGGGAAAAUUCAUUUAUGGCGCUGCACUCGAUAUUCAGUCCCGUGUGUUCUCGAAGCCAUGUAGCGUGAAGAAGAUUAUUGUUCGAUGCUGUUCGAAUUUUGGGGAAAGAUCCAAGGAUUUUCCAGUUAGGUACACUCCUAAGAAAUCUUCGAAAUUUAAUAAACUCGAUGAUUCUACUCGGUCUCCAAAAGACUCCGAGAAUUACGAAGUUCGUCGAUUCACAAACCCUGAUUCGUCUAGUGUUGAAAUUUCAAAUGCUGAGGAGAGGUCGAGGAUAGGAUCAAUUUUGGACGAAAAAUCACCAGAUUACGAUUUUAGGUCAGGCAAGUUAAAAUCAAAAGAAAAGAAGAUUCGUAAUUCAGCUGUGAGAUCAGAGGUGGGAGAACAUGAUUAUAAAUGGAGAUUUCCAGAGUCAAAUUCUGGUGAAGACCUUGACGAGUUUGAUGCCAUGGAAGGUCCUGAGGCGGUUUUGGAUGAAUUUGACACUCAUAAUGGAAAUAACGAAAUCAAACAUCUCGCACCCGACCCUAGUAAAACUAAAGAAGCAGCUGAGAAGACAACAAUUGGAUUGCUUGCUGCAAGAGCAUACACAGCACUCGAGCUGAAGAAGAAACUACUAGGAAAGAAGUUCUCCCAUGAAGUUAUCAAUGCUGUGAUUUCUGACUUCCAGAACAGAGGUUUUAUCAAUGAUUUCUCUUAUGCUGAAGCAUUUUCUCGAUCGAGAUGGUCUUCAUCAAGUUGGGGUCCACGUAGAAUCAAACAAGCCUUGGCCAGAAAGGGUGUUAAUGAUCUUGAUGCACAGAAAGCAAUAAAACUGGUCUUCGAAGAUGGUGAACCUAUCGAUGAUCAAUGUUCUAGACUUGGAUUAUCAAAGCCCUCACUGGAUCAUCUAUAUGCCCAAGCUUCAAAGCAGUGGCUUCGUGCUAAAGAUCUCCCUGGUGAAAAACAAAAGUCAAGAAUCAUUGCAUGGCUUCAAUACCGUGGCUUUAAUUGGGGGGUUAUCAACUUCAUCUUGAAAAAGUUACAAUCUGGGCAUCCUCCGUAGAGUAAAUUUACUUCUCCAUGGCCUUGGCUUCAGAUGAUGGUUGGUGAUUUGUACUUUACACACAUUCCUCUGUUCUGCAUGUCUAAUAUGGUUAGUCAAUUGAUGUAGAAGAGUACUACUUGGAGUCAUGCAUGCGGCAACUUGAUGAACUGCACCAUCAUUCUAUUGUACACAAGAUAUUUACACAACACUGGUUUAGGAUGAUGUAUCUCUGUUAUUUACUGGGAAUUGAAAUCUUUACCUAGUUUAUGGCCUGCAUUUCUA